AUGUCUUCCACAGCUGAAUGGUGGUCGACAUAUGGUGGUGGUUGCCCAAACCUCGCACGCUUGGCAAUUCGUAUUCUCAGUCAAACUUGCAGCUUAGUUCCGUGUCAGGAGAAUCAGAUUCCUUUCGAACAGUUGCACAAGACAAGGAACAGCGUAGAACAACAGCGGCUUAAUGAUCUUGUUUUCCUUCAAUACAACCUCAAACUAAAACAGAAGGUUCACACGCACAAAGAACAUAAGUACGUGGAUCCUAUAUCAUUUGACCGCAACAGCAUUGCCGAAGAGUGGGUAGCAGAGAUGGAGAUGCACCAAGAAGACACUGAAAAUCCUGAUUGGAUGUCACUUGAUCCCCCCUAUGAGAACUUGAGGCUUUUAGAACUUUCGGUUGAUGAAGUUGAAGAAUUGGGUUCAGGGUAUGAUGACAAUGAAAUUUUGAACGGAUUGAAAGUGGUUAAAGAAGAAUGUUAAACACAGCGCUGUGAGCCGGCGGGACAGAAUGCAAAGACAACAUCUUUAUGAGUUCACCACACCACCGCCACUUUCUUCAAGUACCUACGGGAAGCAAGGCACUUAGCAAACUCGCAUGUCUAGAGAUACUGCUCAGGCCAAUUAUAUUCUUUCCCUGGCAUUACUGCAGAGUGACGGAAAUUAGGAGGAAAAAUAUGUGACCGCGGCCAGCCUUCAGGGAUGUGAAUUGGUUGGGCAAGUUCCUGCAACAAACAAUUACAAGUAGGUAGUUUACAUGGUAGAAAUAUGGGGCUUUGUAGCUGACUUUUCAAAAAUAGUUGCAAAACGAGUUUUCAGUUUUCAAUUUUCAAAAAGAAAUAUAAAAACUGAAAAUUAAAUACUUAUCAAACGGCCCUAAAGUAAUUUCAUUUUGGGAUCCGACCAUAUGACUCGAAAACAACUGAGACCGUCCUCUUCUUUUCGUAUCAACAAACGCACAAAUUCUUAUAUUUCCGAAAGCAUCUGCAACCCAAUAUACAAACUAAAUACAAACUUGAAUAAUACAUAACCAUCUGUGUUUUGCUUUGCAAACAGCCAAGGGGAUAGCAAAAACACAAAAACUUGAUCUGGUAUCGUUUCCCAAGAAUGAGGCUGAUGAUCGCAGACACCAUAGCCACUCCCACGAUGAACAUAACACUUGGCAUUGGGGAAGCCUCUGCCUCUUUUUUCGCUGCAGCCGCCUUAAUGCUUUCAGCCUACAAUUCGUCUGAGUCA